GGACCAAUGAGAAGCGAGAACGAUGUAAAUAAGCGGAAAUUGAACGUAGCGAUCAAUAUUUUAUAUUUCGAAUGAAACAUAGCACGCUUUGUUUGCUUUUUCGAGCCAGUUUCACACCAACAAUUCACCGAUUUUUGUCGCGUUCAUCUUUUACGCAGCAGGCACGAAAAAUGGUGAAACCAAACGCGAAAAAAGUUAUCAAUUUUGCCCCAGGACCGGCGAAGAUUCCUCAAGAGGUCCUUAUCCAUGCUCAAAAAGAAAUGCUAAAUUAUGAUGACACUGGUGUCAGUAUUUUGGAACUCAGCCAUCGGUCAAAGGAGUAUGCAGCUCUAAAUCAAGAAGCCAUUGAUAACAUUAGAAAGAUUCUAGAUGUUCCUGACAACUACAAGAUCCUUUUCUGUCAAGGAGGUGGAUAUGGACAGUUUUCAUUUGUCCCAAUGAAUUUGAUGAAGGAGGGAGGCAGUGCUGACUAUAUUGUCACUGGAACAUGGUCAUCUAAAGCUGCAAAUGAGGCUGCAAAAUAUGGUCAAGUCAAUUACGUUUUUCCAAAGCCUAAGAUGUUCACCGCAAUCCCCGAUGAAAAAGAUUGGACAUUGAAUAAAGAUGCCUCGUAUGUCUAUUACUGUGCAAACGAAACAGUCCACGGAGUCGAGUUUGAUUUUAUACCUGAGACCAACGGAGUACCCUUAGUUUGUGAUAUGUCUUCCAACUUUUUGACGAGGCCCGUGGACGUCUCAAAGUUUGGAUGCAUCGUUGCUGGCGCUCAAAAGAACGUCGGAUGCCCCGGAGUGACGGUUGUAAUUGUUCGGGAAGAUCUUCUCGACAGAAGCCUACCGUGCUGUCCUUCAAGUUUUAACUAUAAAGUUGUCUCCGAUGCUAAUUCAAAGUUCAACACACCUCCAACAUACAGUGUUUACAUCAUGGGACUUGUACUGAAAUGGAUCUUAAAGGAAGGCGGUCUAACUGAAAUGGCAAAGCGAUGUGUCGAGAAAUCCUCUGCAAUGUACCAAGUUCUGGACAAUUCAAACGGAUUUUACAACGCUUCAGUUGAAAGUGCAUCUCGCUCAAGAAUGAACGUCGUGUUUCGAUUACCAAAUGAAGACCUGGAGAACAAAUUCGUUGCUGAAGCAGAUGAACAGGGAUAUAUGCACGUUAAAGGACACAGAUCCGUCGGUGGCCUACGAGUGUCUUUGUACAACGCAUUGAUGUUGCACGAAGUUGAACAUUUGAUACAAUUCAUGAAGAAUUUCCAAGAAAAAUACAGCAAAUAAAGAUAAUCAGAAGUCAGAACAUCAGCGAAUUGUAUUAAAUUAAGUAAAGUUUCAAUAAUUUAUUUACGUAUUAAAACAUUAACAUCUGGAGAAGUAGUCUAAGCGGGGCUUAAGUCACCUUGUAAAAAAUCAAAUAACAUGCAUUUAUUUUUUUCCCUUGCGGUCCGAAUUCAUAUUUU